UCAAAAUCUUGAAUUCGUUUGGGAACGUGAAUAGUACAAUAUAAAAUAUUACAAAACAAAACACUGUAAUUUGGCUUCAAUUCAUAUUAUUUAUCAAUUUAGUGCAUUCAAAAAAUCGCCAUGAGUGUUAGCGACAACAGCGAAGACGGACAACUGAUUAGCCCGGAUGGUGUGAGUGGCGGUGAAGAGGAAACUACCGAUUCUCUGGACAUCAAACCACCGCAAGCGACAGCCAGCUACUAUUCAAAACGGAAGGAGAAGAAAUCCAAGCAUUCCAAGGAGCAUCAUCGUCAUCCGCCGAGUACAUCCGGAAGGGAGCACUAUGCCGACUCCCGACGGGAUGGUUACCGAGGCCACCGAGAGCGAGAACGGGAGCGCUACCAUAAGGAAAUCAGAAUGGAUCGAACGAGAGAACGAGGCCACGAAAAGGAACGAUAUCAUUCGUCAUCAUCGGGCCAUCAUUCGAGGGAGGGCCGUUACGAAUUGAAUCCAUUCUACGGGGAGAUGCGAGAGACGUAUCAAAGCAAAAAGGAACGAGAUAGGGAGUAUUUCGAAAAGGAGCGCGACAAGCGAAAGGAUACCGACAAACAGGAUCCCGAUAAGCUGCUUGAAGAUUUGAGAACGAGACUGCUUAAUAAGAAAAGCAAGUACGAUUCGACCAAGCAGCUGGAGGAGCACACUCAACAUGACGAUGAAAAUAGAAAGGAAAAGGUUCACCGCCAUCAUCAUCGUCACCGGGAACGGAAAGAACGUACCGAAGCUGAAUUCGUUGAAAUCGUUGAAAGCCCAGAAUACGAAGAUGUGUCGAAAAAAGUCGCACCGGAAGUAAAAGAUAAAGAACAUGAUGAACGGAGAGCUAAACUUCUUGAAGCAGAACGACAGAUGGCCCGCCGUAAAGAAGCAGCAAGAGAUGAGUUGGAAACAAGGCGUCUCAUGAGACGAGAGCGGAAAGAUUCUCCCGAAGAAAAGAAGUCUAAAAAACAAUUGCUUCUAGAAGCAGAGGAUGACGAAAUGGAAAGCGCCGGCGAGGAAACGAAGAAAAAGAAAAAGAAGAAAACUAAGAAACACGCAGAAUCCGAUCAGUCGGACAAGGGAAUGAACUCGGAGGACGAUGAUGAAACCAACUCGGACACUUCUUCCUCUAGCAGUGGCAGUGAUGACUCUCGUGACGGCACUGAAGACGAAGAGAAGCCACCGGAGAGUCCAUUGUCGGUGGGCGACUUGGCCAAAUCCGACAGACGACACCGAAGUAGUUCACGUUCCGGAUCGAGAUAUCGCUCGAGAUCGCGAUCGACGCGAUCUCGAUCGGCAUCCGGCUCCAGUAGAAGCCGCUCUCGUAGCCCUCGUCGUCGUCAUGAAAGCAGCCGUAGCGUUUCGCCAAGAUCUGAUGACGAAGAAAGGAGCAAGCGUUCAAAAUCUAAAGACAAGGAAGAUCCGAAGUCUCCUGCUAUAGAGGUGGAAAAGGAGGUACAACUUCCGCCAUAUUUCCCGGGUAUCCAAGGUUGUCGAUCUGUGGAAGAGUUCCAAUGUCUGAAUAGGAUUGAAGAGGGCACGUAUGGAGUGGUGUACCGUGCGAAGGACAAACGUACCGAAGAGAUUGUUGCAUUGAAACGACUCAAAAUGGAAAAGGAGAAAGAAGGCUUUCCUAUUACAUCGUUGAGAGAAAUCAAUACUCUGCUCAAAGGACAACAUCCGAAUAUUGUAACCGUACGUGAAAUCGUUGUUGGAAGUAACAUGGAUAAAAUUUUCAUUGUAAUGGAUUACGUCGAACAUGAUUUGAAAUCGCUGAUGGAAACCAUGAAGCACAAGAAGCAAGUAUUCCUCCCAGGUGAGGUAAAAUGUCUAACUCAACAGUUGCUGCGUGCUGUAGCCCAUCUUCACGACAACUGGAUUCUGCACCGAGAUUUGAAAACAUCCAAUCUGUUACUUUCGCACAAAGGUAUUCUCAAGGUUGGAGAUUUUGGUCUUGCUCGAGAGUACGGAUCUCCCUUGAAGGCAUACACUUCGAUUGUGGUAACUUUAUGGUAUCGAGCGCCAGAGCUGCUACUGUGCUGCAAAGAAUAUUCCACACCGAUCGAUAUCUGGUCGGUAGGAUGCAUUUUCGCUGAGUUUCUGGCAAUGACUGCCCUUUUUCCUGGUAAAACCGAACUCGAUCAACUGAAUCGAAUCUUCAAAGAGUUGGGUACGCCGAACGAGAAAAUAUGGCCCGGCUACAAUCAGCUCCCCGCCGUUCAGAAGAUGACGUUUACCGAGUAUCCCGUUUCAAACUUGCGCAAACGCUUCGCCCAUCAAACGAGCGAGUUGGGUAUUUCGCUUUUGCAGGGACUGCUAACAUUUGAUCCCAAACAGCGGCUGACUGCGGAAGCCGGUCUCAAGCACAGCUACUUCAAGGAAUUGCCCCUUCCCAUCGAUCCGGCAAUGUUCCCCACUUGGCCCGCCAAGAGUGAGCUGGGACUGAAAAAGGCCCUCGCUUCCAGUCCCAAACCACCGAGCGGUGGUGGUGAAUUCAAGAAAUUGGGCGAUGAUCCGGUAGCAGAUAAUCCCGGCUUCCAUCUGGGUGCAACAUACGCCGAAUCCCGUCAAAUGGCGAUGGGUCCUGGUUUCAGUUUGAAAUUCUGAUAAAUGUGGUUACUUUUAGUUCUAUUUCAGGCAGACUGUCUACAAUCUUAAAGCUUUUGUUAUGAUCGGAGGAAUAUAAAGCAUCCUAGAUAUCAGGUAAAAGAA